AUGAUUAAUAAUAAUUUAACCUUAACUAUAAUAAAUUUAUUAAUAAAUUUAAUAGAUGUAUUAUUAGUUUUAUUACCUGUGUUACUGUCAGUAGCUUUUAUGACUAUAAUCGAACGAAAACAAUUAGCAGCACACCAACGAAGAGUAGGUCCUAAUACAACAGGAUACUAUGGUAUACUUCAACCUUUCGCAGAUGCUCUUAAAUUAAUUCUUAAAGAAACUGUUAUACCUUCUCAAUCUAAUAAAGUAUUAUUUUAUUUAGCUCCUAUAUCUACUUUAAUCUUUAGUUUAUUAGGUUGGGGUAUUAUACCUUUUGGUGAAGGUUUAACUCUUUCAGAUUUUUCAUUAGGUAUCUUAUAUACUUUAGCUUUAUCAUCAUUAGGAGUAUAUGGUAUUCUAUUUGCAGGUUGGUCAGCUAAUUCUAAAUAUGCCUUUUUAGGUUCUCUUAGAUCUACUGCAGCUAUGAUUAGUUAUGAAUUAAUCUUAAGUUCAGCUAUUCUUAUUGUAAUAUUAUUAACAGGAUCAUUUAAUUUUACUACUAUAAUUGAAAGUCAACAAGCUGUGUGGUUUGUUGUUCCUUUAUUACCUGUAUUUAUUUUUUAUUUUAUUUCUAUUUUAGCUGAAACAAGUAGAACACCUUUUGACCUUCAAGAAGCUGAAUCUGAAUUAGUUGCUGGUUUCUUUACUGAACAUAGUUCUAUUAUUUUCGUUUUCUUCUUCCUUGCUGAAUAUAGUUCAAUUGUUUUAUUUAGUUGUAUUACUGCUAUCUUAUUCUUUGGUGGAUACAAUGCUCCUGAACUGUUCAUUAACGAAUCUGUCAUAAAUUUACAAUCUAUUAUUUUAGGUUUAAAAACUUGUAUCUUUUGUUUUUUAUUUGUUUGGUUCAGAGCUACUCUACCUAGACUAAGAUAUGAUCAACUUAUAGAAUUCUGUUGGCUUAACUUAUUGCCUGUUGCUGUAGCCUUUAUUAUACUAGUACCAAGCAUAUUAGUUGCUUUUGAUAUAGCACCUUAUUAA